GCAAUGAAUAAAAUGAGACAGACGACACCUCGUAUCAAGAAGAGAUCGAAUCAUCGCUUGCUUUAUCACCGGUAAACGAAAUGGAAGCAAUUGAACCUGUUGUUUUGGCGCACUCAAAAUUCUCCAUUGACCUUUUAAAAGAGCUCUGUAAGGGCAACACAGAAAAUGUGCUGUUCUCACCCCUGAGCAUCUCCUCUGCAUUGGGCCUAGUCAGUCUGGGUGCCGGUUAUAAGAGCGAAACUGCCGACCAGAUUUAUAAGACCCUCCACUUUGGCGAAAUGAAAAUUAUGUACCACGAUCUGUAUGAGGAGAUCUACAAAGAAGGGAAGAGCCUGAAUCUGGCGAACCGCAUGUUUGGAGAAAGGACACUCAAUUUCAAAGAUGAUUUCCUUGACAUGUGUGAGGAGUGGUGUUUCGGCAGCUUGAGGAAUGCUGACUUCAAGACAAAUCCUGAGGCUGCGAGAGAACAAAUCAACAACUGGGUGGAGAAAAUGACAAAUAAUCAAAUUACCAAUUUGUUGGAUCAAGGAGAUGUGUCUAACAACACGAGUCUUGUACUAAUCAGCGCAGUGCACUUCAUGAAUAAGUGGGUCAAGCCAUUCACGAAAUGUGUUCCUGCCAUCAAGGACAAAGGAGAAGGAUGGCCAAUGAUGAGCCAGAUGAAUAAAUUUCCUCUGGGUAACAUCCCACACAGACAACAUUCACUUCCCUCUAUAGCUCAGAUUCUGGAGAUCCCUUAUGCAAAUAAACAUCUGAGCAUGAUCAUCAUACUCCCAAACCAGAGCGAUGGGCUACAGCAGCUGGUAGACCUGAUCACUUAUGAGAAUCUUCAGGAGUGGACUGAGCCGGACAAUAUGAUUCGUACGGAGGUGGAUGUUAAAAUACCCCUCUUUAAGCUGCAGGAGAAAUAUGACAUGGAAAAGGUCCUGAAGACUCUGGGCAUAACUGAGCUGUUUGGUGAUAAGUGUGACUUAUCUGGCAUGACCUCUGAAAAGGUAAAGGUGUCCAAAGUGGUGCACAAGUCUUCUGUGGAGGUGAACGAGGAAAGCACAGAGGUAGCUGGAGGCACUGAUGUGGUUGUCCAGAGUCGUCUUCUCAGAAAGAAUGAUGCAGAGAGUUUCGUGGCAGACCGCCCCUUCCUUUUCUUCAUCCGGCACAACCCCACCAAGAGCAUUAUCUUCUGGAGCCGCUUCAUCUCCCCGUGACCUGAAUCUGAACCACAGAGUAGAGCAGACUCUUCAACAGUGUGAUCUGGCAUAUUAAAAUACAGUGGUUAUAUUGCAUGUAUCUAUAUUUGCGUGCAAUGUCUGCUUUAAACUAAAUUUUCUUAAACACAA